GGGAGGCACAGGGAGGCUCAGGGAGGAAGGCAGCGGUGUCAAACUGUGCAGCAUUCACAGCUGUCAGCAAAUAGGGAAAGGAACUCAGGGGUCACAACAUAUUGUGCUUUUUGGGGGGAAGUGGAACUGGUGGGAAUGGAAAGGGCAGGUAAAUAAACUUGAGGACACUGAGGUUAAAUGGCAGAAAGUUCAUUCAAAGCACAUCUGAAAGGUAACGAUUCAGGGGCGAGGGAAAGCUCCCACUGACAAUCGCAGGCUGCUCCCUGCUGUACUGGAAGGAACCUGACUCAAAAUUUCUAUAAGGAUCACAGAAGGGUCUGAUUGGCUCAGGGCAACACCAUUGCCGGGACUCAGAGAUACAGUCUGUACAGGAAUCAGACGUGUAUGGCCUCACAGAGCAGAUAAGGGAGAGGAUUGUGUCUCACAGCAGUGCCCCGAAGCUCUGCCCAUGCCCAGAGCAGGUUACUAGCUGUCGCAAUAUGAGUCACAUGUGAAAACUGAAGUGCAACUUGUAAAAAGGAGUGACUGCUGCUUCCUGAGGCGCAACACUUGCCUGUGACACUUCGCUAACAUUUCCCGGGCAGUGAGGCCAUUACCUGGCGGAGAGGGGACGCCUACCUGCUGCCGCUGCUGCUAAUCAGGGAUACACCAUUACUGGAUCUAUUGCUCCCUCUGGGAGACACGUGUGCGGCUGGAUACACUGUAUACCAACUUACUGAGUCGGCUUGGAGUGCAACCUGUGGGGCUUCCAUAACAGCAGGGCAAGCUGUGGGGCUUCCAUAACAGCAGGGCAAGCUGUGGGGCUUCUAUAACAGCAGGAUGUUCCCGAUGUUGCGGAGUGGAUGAGACGCACACAGGGAUGACAACAUGAUAUUCCAGAUAAGUGGAUUGUGGUGCAGUCAUUGGAAAUGGAAAAUGCAAUACAUUCUACUCUUCUUUGUGGUGUACGUUGCUUUUGUCCAGCAUAGUGUUUUAAGUUGUGCUGUCUGCAGGUUAACCCUGACAGCACCUACUGGAAAUGUCACUUCGCCUUGCUAUCCCCAAUUAUACCCAAACAACCAGGACUGCAAGUGGAUUAUACAGGCUCCAAAGGGAUUUAUCAUUCAACUCACAUUUGUGGAUUUUGAUGUUGAGGAAGCUCAGAACUGUGUGUAUGACUAUGUUUCUAUAAGCAAUGGAGAAACAACAACCAAAUAUUGUGGUGUAACAGCAAGAGGCCUUACAUAUAACUCCACUGGGAAUAUGAUGAAUAUAUCCUUUGUUAGUGACUUUAGUAUCCAAAGGAAAGGUUUCACUGCAACCUAUAAGAAUGUUCCUGUAACAUUGAGAAAUCUUAAAGUCACUAUACCACAAAACCAAAGUCUGGGUAUUGUGUCUGUCGUGAGCACAGUUAUUGUGCCAACGCUAAACCAGUUCACGGUAUGCUUUGAGGCAGCGAGAUUCAUCAGCAGCCCAGCAGAAUGGAAGGCAUUUACAUACUGGAAUUCUUUAACAGAGUCUCUCAGCUUUGGAAAGUCUCCAAGUGGCCAUUUUGUGUAUAUUUCUGGUAUUCAGUGCCAUCUUAACCUUACUUUGACUUCAUUAACUGUAACUGGGGAGUUUUUUACUGAGACAUUGCAAGAGAUGUGCAUUACCUGGGACAGCCGGUCACAAAUAGUAGGUGUGAAGACCGGCAAUAACUUUCAGACUUCAACUUGUUUAGAAUCAAAGGACUUACACAUUCCUGGCAAUGGCAGCCUAAUAUUAGGCUGUUACGAUAAUAAAACAUCUAGCCUGCAAGGGGAUAUUUACAAUUUCCGCCUUUGGGACACUGCCUUCGAAUCAGUGGCUCUUUCAAACCUAAGCUGCGAUCAGAAGGGAAAUAUUGUCAACUGGGAAAAUGAUUUUUGGUCAAUCCCAUCUUGGGCAAGGAAAGCCGGAACUGACCUCAGUUGUGGUACCUCUUUAUCAAGUACACCUUCUACUGCAACAACUACCUGCAAGAAUCUUGGAGGCGUUUGUCAAGCAAUUGCUGCUCAGUCAGCUACUAAACAAAAACAAUCGACUACUGCCACAACUGCAACUGCCCUAUCUUCUACUGUACCAUUUACUGUAUCAUCUACUGUACCAUCCAAUGUAUCGUCUACUGUAGCAUCAUCUGUAACAUCCACUAUAUCAUCUACUAUAGUAUCUACCAUAUCAUCUAUUGCAUCAUCCACUAAAACAUCCACCAUGUCAUCUAGUGUACCAAUAACUGUAUCGUCCUCUAUAGCAUCUUCUCUACUAUCCACUAUAUCAUCUACCAUAUUAUCGACUUCAUCAUCUACUAUAACAUCUAGCAAGUCAUCAGGUGCACAGUCGACUGUAUCAUCUAAUGUAGUAUCUAAUGAAUCAGGUACCAAAUCACCAACUGCACCAUCUUCGAUAGCAUCUCCUCCACUAUCCACUGUAUCAUCUACUAUAUUAUCAGCUUCAUCAUCUACUAAAAUAUCUAGCAAGUCAUCUAGUGCACAAUCUACUAUAUCAUCGAAUAUAGCAUCUAAUGAAUCAGGUACAAAAUCACCAACUGCACCAUCUUCGAUAGCAUCUCCUCUACUAUCCAAUGUAUCAUCAACUAUAUUAUCAGCUUCAUCAUCUACUAAAAUAUCUAGCAAGUCAUCUAGUGCACAAUCUACUGUAUCAUCUAAUUUAGCAUCUAAUGAAUCACGUACCAACUCACCAACUGCAGCAUCUUCGAUAGCAUCUCCUCUACUAUCCACUGUAUCAUCUACUAUAUUAUCAGCUUCAUCAUCUAAUAAAAUAUCUAGCAAGUCAAUUAAUGUACAAUCUACUAUAUCAUCGAAUUUAGCAUCUAAUGAAUCAGGUACCAAAUCACCAACUGCACCAUUUUCGAUAGCAUCUCCUCUACUAUCCAAUGUAUCAUCAACUAUAUUAUCAGCUUCAUCAUCUACUAAAAUAUCUAGCAAGUCAUCUAGUGCACAAUCUACUGUAUCAUCUAAUUUAGCAUCUAAUGAAUCGCGUAUCGAAUCAACAACUGCACCAUCUCCAAUAGCAUCUCCUCUACUAUCCACUGUAUUAUCUACUAUAUUUUUAACUUCAUCAUCUACUAUAACAUCUAGCAAGUCAUCUAGUGCACAAUCUACUGUAUCAUCUAACUUUGCAUCUAAUGAAUCAGCUACCAAAUCACCAACUGAACCAUCUUCGUUAGUAUCUCCUCCACUAUCCACUGUAUCAUCUACUAUAUUAUCAGCUUCAUCAUCUACUAAAAUAUCUAGCAAGUCAUCUAGUGCACAAUCUACUAUAGCAUCGAAUUUAGCAUCUAAUGAAUCACGUACCAAAUCUCCAACUGCACCAUCUUCGAUAGCAUCUCCUCUACUAUCCACUGUAUCAUCUACUAUAUUAUCUACUUCAUCAUCUACUAAAACAUCCAGCAAGUCAUCUAGUGCACAAUCUACUGUAUUCUCUAAUUUAGCAUCUAAUGAAUCAUCUACCAAAUCACCAAGUGCACCAUCUUCGAUAGCAUCUCCUCUACUAUCCACUGUAUCAUCUACUAUAUUAUCAAGUUCAUCAUCUACUAAAACAUCCAGCAAGUCAUCUAGUGCACAGUCUACUGUAUUAUCUAAUUUAGCAUCUAAUGAAUCAUCUAUCAAAUCACCAUCCCAUGAAUCAUCUACCAAGUCAUCCAAUGUAUCCAGCACUGUAUCCUCUACUGUAUUAUCUACUGAACCAUCCCCUUUGAAACCUACUGUACCAUCCAUUUUGUCAUCUACUGUGCCAUCAUCUUCCACGUUAUCAGAAUCCACUGAAAAAUCCAAUGUGUCAUCUAGUAUACGAUCCACUGUGCUAUCCACUUUGUCUACUAAAUCUUCCACCACAACAUCCACUGUACCAUCUGUUUUGCUAUAUACCGUACCAUUGAUUGUUUCACCUGUUGUACCAUUCACCAUAUCACCUAGUAUGUCAUCUACUGUGCCUUCCUCUGAAACAUCCUCCGUGUCAUCUACUGUAACAUCUAGCAUAUCAUCUUCUGUACGAUCUACUGAACCAUCCACAUUAUCAUCUACUGUGCCAUCCACAAUACCAUCUGCUGUACCAAUCAUUGUGCCAUCUGUUAUGUCAUCUACUGUACCAUCUACAAUGUCUUCUACUGUACAUUCAUCGGAAACAUCCACCAUGCCAUCUACUCUAUUAAGGGCUGAAUCAUCUAUCAUAUCUGCUGUAUCAUCCAGUUUGUCAUCAACUAUACCAUACACUACUGUGACAUCCACUGUGUCUACUUUAUCAUUUACUGACACCACUACAUCAACCACUGUCACCACUAACUCUGCCUCACUGGCCACUAUAAGCACUGCUUUGCCAUCACCCUUAAACAGCAUUACUGCUCCUGCCUCUAGCGUAACCAAUGCUACUCUGAGUACUGCUUCACCAUCUACCUUGAGCACUACUAAUUCAUUUGGUACGACUACAAACUAUAGCUCAAAUUCUGCUACUCUAAGUACGGUCACAUCAUCUUCCUUGAGAACUUCUCAACUAACCACAACUUAUAGUCCUAGUUCUGCUACUCAAACUACUGUCUCCACAACUUCCUUCACCACUAGCAAUUUGAAUGACACAACUUAUAGCUCAAGUUCUGCUACUGUAACUUCUGAUUUUUCAUCUACUUUGAACAAUAUGAUUAAUACUACCACCAGCAAUGCAGCUACCUCCUCACCAUCUACCAUGAUAACUAUUAACAUGAAUGAUACUAACAACAUCAAUAACUCUCAGCCUGGUGGAACAUUUUACAGGAUUUCCAUAACUGUUGUUAACAACAAUCUUGAUAAUGAGUCAGAAGUGCAGCGAACAGUAUCAGACUGGUUGAAGCAGUCUUUUCAGAACUGGAGUUACGCUGUCUAUCUAUUAAACAUGAGCAUUCUUCCAACCAACACAGGAUUUGAAAGAGAUGUCCAGAACCUGAUUAUGAAAAGUAUGCAGCAGAACCAUAAAAGACGUGCCAGGGAUAUCAACAAUAAAAGCUUUGACGUUUGGGCUCUUUUGGUGUAUAACAAUAGCAAUAAUGUUGUCUUGGAAACAAAAACUAUUUAUGAUAAAUUGUUACAAAAUAAUGACAGCAUAGGGGAUGGAUUGAGUCUUCAGGCAGUCAGUGUCUAUUCAGUUGAACCAUGUAUGGCUGAAGAAUACCCAUUUUCUUACUUCUGGCCUAUUACAAGGCCCACAGUGGUUCAAAUAAUCCCCUGUUCAAAGAACAUUGCAUUUAAUGCAUCAAGGAAAUGCUCAGUUGGUUUGCUUAAUUAUAGUUCCUAUUGGGAAACUCCAAAUACAGACAAUUGCACGGAUCUCACUGGGACAGAAGAUGCAGAAAAUGUGGCAAAUGAACUACUGAACAUUACUGGAAAUGGCCAGGUCCUGACUCCAGAGAAAGUUGAUCAAGUUGUUCAGAAACUUAAACAAAUAGUCAAUGAUGCUAACAUCAGUGCCAGUCUUGGCUCAACUGUAGUAAAUGUCUUUUCAAAUCUACUAAGCAGUCCAGACGAUUUGCUGUCUAAAUCCUCUUCCGAUGCCCUUAAAACAAUCGAAACCUUGGCGUUGAAGGUCCAAUUCACAGGGCCAUCUGUCAGUAUUUUGUCACCAAACUUGGCUUUAGGAGUCUCAAGGAUGAAUUCUACCUCAUACACUGGUUCAUUUUUCAGUGUUGGAUCCAAUACCAGCAGUUCAGAGUUUGAGAUUAACAUGGAGAAAUCCCCAAACAGUUCAUUGGCUUCUGUUGUUUUACCCUCAAGCCUGUUGUCGAAUUUAAGUGAAAGUGAUUUCUACACCGUUUCAAGAGCUCAGUUUACUUUCUUCAAUAAGUCCGGACUUUUUCAGGAUUCACAUAUUGCCUCAGGGGAUCAGACACUCAUCAGCUAUGUUGUAGCAUGCAGUAUUGGGAAUAUUACUAUAAAGAACCUUGUGGAUCCAGUCAAAAUUACAGUCAAGCAUAAAGCACAGGGGACAAAUCGAGAGAAAACCUGCGUUUUCUGGGACACCGAAAAAAACAAUGGUAAAGGUGGCUGGAACACAUAUGGCUGCACUGUGGUUCAACAGGAAUCCAAUGUGAAUGAAACAGUGUGUUUGUGCAACCACCUCACACAUUUUGGAAUACUGAUGGACCUCCAAAGGACAAGUCAACAUAUUGAUCAGCAAAAUUCUAGAAUCCUUACUUUUAUAACAUACAUUGGCUGUGGAAUUUCUGCAAUCUGUACAGCUGCCACCCUUCUGACCUACAUUGCAUUUGAAAAAAUUCGGCGUGAUUACCCUUCCAAAAUACUCAUGAACUUAAGUACUGCAUUGCUCUUUCUGAAUCUUUUUUUCCUUUUGGAUGGCUGGAUUGCAUCCUUUGGUAUCAAUGAACUUUGCAUAACGGUGGCUGUCUUGCUGCAUUUCUUUUUGCUGGCUACAUUUACAUGGAUGGGACUGGAGGCUGUGCACAUGUAUAUUGCUCUGGUUAAGGUUUUCAACACAUACAUUCGAAGAUAUAUGUUAAAAUUCUGCAUUAUUGGAUGGGGCUUACCUGCUAUAAUUGUUUCCGUGGUCCUUGCAAGCACGCACAGCAAUAUUGCCUAUGGAAGUAGUAGUUAUGGCCAAGAUAGUCGGGGAAAUGGAGGUGAUGAAUUCUGCUGGAUUAAAAGUGACACGGUAUUCUAUGUGACCUGUGCUGCCUACUUUGCCAUCAUGUUCCUGAUGAACGUAGCUAUGUUCAUUGUGGUGAUGGUACAGAUCUGUGGAAGAAAUGGAAAAAGAACUAACCGAAGCAUUAGAGAAGAGGUUCUGCGAAACCUGCGUAGUGUUGUCAGCCUCACCUUCCUCCUAGGAAUGACCUGGGGUUUUGCUUUUUUCGCUUGGGGUCCAGUCAAUCUUGCUUUCAUGUAUUUGUUUACAAUUUUCAACUCACUACAAGGCUUAUUUAUAUUUGUAUUCCACUGUGCAUUGAAGGAAAAUGUACAGAAACAGUGGAGAAGGCAUCUGUGCUGUGGAAAACUCCGUCUGACAGACAAUUCUGACUGGAGUAAAACAGCAACUAACAAUACAAAGAAGGUCAGCUCUGAUAAUUUGGGGAAAUCCCUUUCCUCAAGCUCCAUAGGCUCAAACUCCACAUACUUGACAUCAAAGUCCAAGUCCAGCACUAAACCAUUCUUUAAAAGAAACAGCAGCACCGAUAAUGGCUUCUAGAAGCAUUCCUUAAGGAGUGGUGGAGUCAUCCAGGUUACAUUUUUGGCGACAGACCCUCAGUUAAAUUUACACCAGUGGACGGUGAGCAGACAUCGAUCCUUCCUGUUCAUCAUGUUAUUGACAAAGUCAAGGGGUACUAUAAUUCCCAUUCUGACAACUUCUACAAGAACAUCAUCAUGUCAGAUUCAUACAGCAAAAGCACCAAGUUCUAAAGGACAACAUCCCACAGAAAUUGGAAGUGCUGGUUUAUGAACUUCAGAUUUUUAUUUUGGGGAUUUGGCCGAAAAGGGCCAGAUACUAAAAAGAAUUGCUCCCUUAGAAGCUGUUGUUCAAAAGUAAAUAUACACUUAAAAUAUGUGAAUAGAUGUGCAUUAACAAAAUCAAAUUUUACAGCUAAAUGGUAAUAAGGGUCUUAUGGAAUUUACAUAAAAGAAGAUUCUAGGAUUUUUGAACCUACAAAGUCAAUAACUAAUCACUUCAACCUGUGACAUGGAGAGUAGUCUUCUCAUUUGGACUCACUCUAACAUACAGCCCUAUAUCAUUGCACAACGACAAUAUGAACACAAAAGGGACAGUUUUUAUAUGUACUGUUUGGUAAUACAAGUUAUAAUGGCAUUUCUAUGUUUUUAGUAUGCACAUUGGAAGAUUGCUUUAUGACUAUAAGAAGUUUGUACACCUAUGCCACUGGUGGUUCAGUGUCAUCGUCAGUACAUGGAUGCAUUUUAUCCACUAAUAUUAUUAUCAUUUGUAACACUGAAAUCAUUAUUGUUGGGAAAAAAGGAAGGCAUCUGGCAAUAAUCUGGUUUAAAACAUUACCAGGAGCCACAUAAAGAUGCUUACCUGCAUAAGUGUAUUAACCUUAAUGCACAAAAAUAACUUUUAUAAAUGUGAAGCAUUGCUCAUUGAAUAAUCUACAAGCCACAUUUGACAGUAGCGCAACAUAGAUUUGAGUUUAACAGGAUUACACUGUUUAUAUUACACUUCCCAGAGGACAGUGGAGGGAAUCCAAUGCCUGGGAGUAAAUUCUAAGUUCAACUGUAUAAAACAGUUAUUCCCAGAACUUGGUUGUACAUUUCAGAAUGGCAUAAUUCAGUCAUAAUUUCCUCAAGGAAGUACUCAAGAAUGUGCUGAGAAGCGCCUUAUUAGGUCAGACAUAGAACCUUUUGAUUGGCCAUGCAUUUCAUGCAAUAUUUGUUUAAUUAUAGGAUGAUGCCGCUAAUAAUGUUCUGGUCAGGAUUGACAUAAGGUCUUUAAACAAGGACAGGAGCAAUGUCAGGAACAUCCUUACAGAAAUUUGUAUUUUCAUGACUCUUGCCUUUCGCAGAUGGAAAAAAAGUCAUCUCAUUCUGCUGAUUACUAAUUUGCCAGCUGCAAUGUACUGCAAGGGAUCAGUAGUGCAAAAGUAGAAAGCAAAUUCUAUAAAUACAUCACAAAAGGAAUAGUGUGACCAGAUAUUCAAAUAAAACUCGUCCUCUCCAUUUCAUUCAAGGGUUUUUUAUUCAAUGUAAAUUGUGUUUGUGCUGCAGGCCACCUUGCCAUUAACAGUUUGAACAUUGUUAUUUUAAGUUAAUUCAUCUUUAAGUUAAGUUGUAUUUAUUUCUUAGUGAUACUUUUCCUAUAAACUCUUUGUUACUGUGUGCUGAAUGUUAAUCAGAUGCUCAUAACAGAACAAAAGGCUGAGGUCUGUUAUCUUCUUGAUUCUUUGGAGUAAUUUCCUGUUUUGGAGGCUUGUUCAUUGCAACCUAUAGAGGAUAGGUGCAUUUUACAUCAUUUACAUACAAGAGAUACCUGUAAAUAACUCAUAAAUCAUUUCAUUAUUUUUGGACCCUUGUGACAGGCUGUUUUGUCCCCAAGCCAUGGUUAUAUAGAGUUGGGAGCCAGUUCUAGGUUUCUAAACAACAUUUCAGUUCCAGGUUGUUGUUGAGUAAUUUUUUUUCUUCCAGAUAAGAGGACCAAAUACUCACAGCCUAGUCUUUAUAAAUGCAUUUACACAAGAAUAAAAUUGUGCUUAAAGGAGAACUAUACCCUUCCCAAAUCUAAGCCACCCUCCAUCAGCCUCUAUUGCCCCCGUGCAAGCUCCCUCCCCACAACCUCACUUCGCUAAUAUGGGAGUAUGUACAAUUGAACCUGAUUCUGGACCUAGCAUUAACUGGGCAUGCCUCUGCAGGCUUAGGGUUGCCGAACUAAUAGAAGAGGAUCUAGGGCAAUGCCAGACUGGGUUGCCUGGGGCCCACCAGAAAACCUAAAGCUGGCCAUAUUUACACAAUAUAAUCAUAUGAAGCAAAGUUUUGUGUGAUUUUCAGACCAUGUGUGGGCUGUGAAUUAUUGUCCUAACCGUUUUUGUACCAUGGCGAUUGGUUGUUGAGUUGAUUGAACAGGUUAAAAAUGUAUUUUGGGUAAUGAUAAUAUCGGUGCAUGUAUUGCCUAUCUGACGAUAUCCUUGCAUGACCUACAGUGUAUUUCUAGGACAUAACUUUUGUGUCUGCCAAUUAUUCAUGGCCAAAACAUUGCCAGACUUGUUAUUUUUAGGACUUUACUCCUACAAUUUCAAUCUGAGCAUUAGACUCUGGGCACACUUUCCAAACAAUGUUUCCUUUUCUCUCUUUUAUCACCUUCUUUAUUCUCUUAAUCACUUCUCCAAACAUAUUAUUCUCUAUCAUUCCUUCUAUUUCUUUUCUUUGUUCUGACAAAUGGCCAUAAUGACCAUAAUCUAGGCAUACAAGGCAAAUGUCUGGGUGAACAGGAGGUCCCACUAGCACCUGGUGGGCCAGUCUGGCGCUGGGAAUAAGAUGGUGGCUGUAAACUCCACAUAUUUAUGGCAGAGUCACACUUUUUAGUGUAAUAGAUGUUUUGAGUUUUGGGGGCGAUGGAGGCUGGUGGGUGGCUGACGUUUUUAGGGAGGGUUUAGUUCUCCUUUAAUGGUGAAAUAAACACUAAAAUGUUAUUAUUGUACAUACUGAAUUAGUGACCCUAACUUUUCUCCAUAUUAACAAGUGAAAGUCAGAUGCUGCUGGUUUGAUCUUUCCAGUGUAUCUUUCUCAGUUGAAGAAAUACCUUUCCCUUGCGAUGUUUAGGAGGGAUAGGAUUAUUGUUCCUUACAUGUUAUUUUCACUUAUUACAAGAAAGUCUAUAAGAACUUGUCAGAAUGUUGACUUGUUGUGUGCUAUAGAGGGAUGACAUGGUGUUUGUUUCACUAGAAUAUUCCUAAAAGAUACUAGCUUUCUACCUACCCAAUACAAAAAUAAAGUUCAACACUGAAGGGCCUUAUUGGGACAGAUGUGCUUAACUAAAUCAGGCCCCACAAAAGCCUGCUGUCCAAUAAAAAUAAAGGUAACUUUGCCAAGGAAAAAAGGGAAUUGAUGUUAGAAUGUGCUAAUAGGACACAAAGCUAGUUUUUACUGUAUAUGUUGAUAUGAUGAGAGAGUUGCUGUACUUUUUUUUCUCCCUUUCUCUUUUUACUACCAUGUAGUAGAAUUUUAAUAUAAUAAUUCACAAUAUUUUAUAUUUACCCUCUAUAAUAGUGUCUCACAUUGUCACAAUACUUUCCGAUUUCAUUUCUCAGUGUGCAGUAUAAUACUUGUUAGCCGGUUUCUGCUGUACUAUUUAGUGCUAGCCACAUCUGUGGUUGCCAUGGCCUGCCACCCUGUACAUAUUUAUUUAUUUUGUUAAAUGUGGCAAAUUAUAGAUAUUAGUUUUUUUCUGAGCUUCACAACAUGCCAGCUUAUUUCAUAGCCUUAUCCUACAGUGGAGGAACAAGGACCUUUAUCAUAUUUAAUUCUGAAGAGUGUGUAGAAUGAUUAAUACCAAGUGUCUUUCACUGUUUCACUAGCCAUCAUUACUGCGUGGUCCAAUAAUUAAUAAAGAACAGUGGAUGUAUAGUGCGAUGUAAACAGAAAUCUUUUUGUUUUUAAAUUAAAUAUUCAUUUCUUUA